UUUUGUUCUCGUCGUUUCUGUCGUCUUUUUCCUUUUUCAUUUAUUGCUCUCUCUCUCUCUAUCUUCUGUUCAUGGACAUGCACCGAAGCGACAAAAGCUUUCUAACAGUUAGGGCUUUUUCUCCAUCCAUAUCCAUGGCUGCUUUCUUCUUUUUCAUUUAACUUUCCUCGUUCAUCAUCAACUCUUUUCAUGAAUUUCAACGGUUUUCUCGACGAUCAUUCCUCCGGCGUCGACGGAGCCGGAGCCUCCAAGCUACUCUCCGAUGUUCCGUACAACAACCACUUCUCUUUCUCCGCCGUUGACACCAUGCUCGGUACCACCGCCAUUAUUCCUUCUCAGCACAGCCUUACACCUCAUUCCCGCCCUUUCUCUUCUUCUCCAGGCCUCUCCCUCGGACUCCAAACAAAUGGAGAAAUGAGUAGAAACGGAGAGGUACUGGAGCCGAAUGUAUCUCGUAAGACUAGUAGAGGAGAAGAUGUAGAGAGCAGAUCUGAAAGCGACAACGCUGAAGCUCUCUCCGGCGACGAUUUAGAUACCUCCGAUAGACCUUUCAAGAAGAAGAAACGUUACCAUCGCCACACUCCUAAACAAAUUCAAGACCUCGAAUCGGUUUUUAAAGAGUGUGCACAUCCAGACGAGAAGCAACGUCUUGAUCUUAGCCGUCGACUUAACUUAGAUCCUCGUCAAGUUAAGUUCUGGUUCCAGAAUCGCCGUACUCAGAUGAAGACCCAGAUUGAGCGCCAUGAGAAUGCUUUGCUGAGGCAAGAGAACGAUAAGCUUCGAGCUGAGAAUAUGUCAGUACGCGAAGCUAUGAGGAACCCUAUGUGCGGUAACUGCGGCGGACCCGCCGUCAUCGGCGACAUCUCCAUGGAAGAGCAACAUCUCCGAAUCGAAAACUCCCGUCUCAAAGAUGAGCUAGACCGAGUCUGUGCCUUAACCGGUAAAUUCCUUGGCCGGUCUAAUGGUUCACAUUAUAUACCCGACUCGGCACUGGUUCUCGGCGUUGGUCUUGGCUGUAAUGGUGGUGGUGGUUUCACUCUCUCCUCUCCUAGAUUUGAGAUUUCUAAUGGGACCGGUUCUGGUUUGGCUACGGUUAACCAUCAACCACCGGUUAGUGUUAGCGAUUUUGAUCAUAGAUCGAGGUAUUUGGAUUUAGCUCUUGCGGCCAUGGAUGAGCUUGUGAAGAUGGCUCAGACGCGUGAGCCUCUCUGGGUUAGGAGCUCCGAUACUGGUUUUGAUGUGCUUAACCAAGAAGAGUACGACACAAGUUUCAGUCGGUGUGUUGGACCAAAACCAGAUGGGUUUGUCUCGGAAGCUUCUAAAGAAGCUGGAACUGUUAUCAUCAAUAGCUUAGCCCUCGUUGAAACCUUGAUGGACUCGGAGCGAUGGGCGGAAAUGUUUCCAAGUAUGAUCUCAAGAACUUCCACCACAGAGAUCAUCUCUAGUGGCAUGGGAGGGUCACGAAAUGGUGCACUUCACCUGAUGCAAGCAGAGCUUCAAUUGCUGUCUCCACUUGUGCCGGUUAGACAAGUCUCGUUCUUGCGGUUCUGUAAACAGCACGCAGAAGGUGUUUGGGCGGUCGUGGACGUCUCAAUUGAUUCCAUUAGAGAAGGAUCUUCGUCGAGCUGUAGAAGGUUACCGUCUGGUUGCCUCGUACAAGACAUGGCCAAUGGCUACUCUAAGGUAACAUGGAUAGAGCAUGCGGAGUACGACGAAAAGCGCAUCCACCGAUUAUACCGACCGUUACUCAGCUGCGGCCUAGCGUUUGGCGCACAUCGGUGGAUGGCUGCGUUACAACGUCAAUGCGAAUGCCUCACCAUCCUCAUGUCCUCCACUGUUUCCCCUUCACCUAGCCCAACCCCCAUAAACUGCAAUGGGAGAAAAAGCAUGCUAAAGCUAGCGAAGAGGAUGACUGAUAAUUUCUGCGGCGGCGUAUGUGCUUCGUCGUUACAGAAAUGGAGCAAGCUUAACGUCGGCAACGUGGACGAGGACGUUAGGAUAAUGACUAGGAAGAGUGUAAACAAUCCUGGAGAACCGCCUGGGAUCGUUCUAAACGCUGCGACGUCCGUGUGGAUGCCGGUUUCUCCGAGGCGGUUGUUUGACUUCCUAGGAAAUGAACGGCUGAGAUCUGAAUGGGAUAUCUUAUCCAACGGUGGACCAAUGAAAGAGAUGGCCCAUAUUGCUAAAGGCCAUGACCAUUCCAACUCCGUCUCCCUCCUCCGUGCCAGCGCGGUAAAUGCGAAUCAGAGUAGUAUGCUGAUACUGCAAGAGACGAGCAUAGACGCUGCAGGAGCGGUUGUGGUGUACGCGCCUGUAGAUAUCCCCGCCAUGCAAGCUGUGAUGAACGGUGGUGAUUCUGCUUACGUGGCACUCCUCCCCUCAGGAUUCGCCAUUCUCCCAAACGCGGGCACGCAACGAGAGGAAUCCAACGGAGGGUCGUGGAUGGAGGAAGGAGGGUCGUUACUAACGGUGGCGUUUCAGAUACUCGUGAAUAGUUUGCCUACGGCGAAGCUUACGGUGGAAUCUGUAGAGACUGUUAAUAAUCUGAUAUCGUGCACCGUUCAGAAGAUCAAAGCUGCUCUUCAUUGUGACAGCACCUGAAUUGUUUUUGGUUUUUGGACGGUGGAGAGAUUGAGUCAAGAACGAACCUCAUUUUCUGAUGAGUCCGUCUUUUCGUGUGAUGGUUCGGGUAUUGACUCGAUGUGAUUUGUUCAACCAAUCAAAACAUAAACAAAAAGUGUUGUAAUUUGGAUUGGUUUUAUUUUAGAUUACCAUGUUUGAUGAAAUGUAAUUGUUUCUUCUUUUUUUUUUUGGCUUCUCCCUUCUUGUAAUGUCUAGAUAACUUCAUGAAAGCAUUAUAUGAAAUCGUUCGUAACACCAUGUUUUUAUUUUA